UUCAAAUGAGCCGAACGAUGGCCGAGUCGUGCUUUCAGUGUGCCUCAUAAGCAUGUGCUUCAUGGAUCGCGUUGGUUCACCACAGAGGUCUCUGUCGCCUCUAUGUGUCCCACAUUGGAUCUAACUUUUUAACUAUGCAGGCUAAGCACAUGGUGCUUUUGUCCAUGGCGUUUGUGAUAUUGGGGUUCGUGAUACUCAUCAUAGGCGGUAUCAUGUUGGCCACAGCCACAAACUAUCCAACAAGCGAAGAAGCUGGAACCGUAUUAUUACGAGUUUCGGGUCGCGUGGCCUGUGUAUUCGGGGGCCUGCUGAUCGGGAUCACAAUGUGCACCUGUUUAUAUAUGUGCAUCAUAGGUGCACGUUACGCAGCCACCCCAGAUGAGAACGAAAAUCCUACGAUGGGUCAGAUGAUCAAAGCUACAAAGCCAGCAAUUAACAAGUCCAUCCUGAAAACACCAGGACCGCAAGCCGGGGUUCGUCGAUGGCCAAUGGAUGAAAAGUGGACCACUUCGAAUAGGCUGCAAAAGACCGUGAGACUGCGCCACAACUCACCUAGUGGUGACAAGCCCGAACAGAGCCAGAUAAGCCAAUUGAAUGACAUACCUUGGAAGAAUGCGCACAAUUCUGUAGAUCCUCAAGAACUCUUCCGUCGACCACACGCAAAUCAAGGAUUCCCAUACAUAUCCCGUCGGCAUAGACGUUGUCAAAGCCUGGAUCAAUCCACCGCUCUAGUCCAUUACACACCCGACCCCCGUCCACUUUUCAACACGGAUAAUUUCUCUCGUACAAUGCAUAAUAGGUUGUGGAUGCCAAGCCUGGACGAUUCAAGCAUGUCGGCUUUCCGCACUACCGAUCCCAUUUCGUCAGAUCUACUUGGUCGACAAGUGGAGCCUCUGGGCUCUAUGUUGCAUCGCGGAGGACGUAUUAAACUCGGAAUGUCAUAUCUGAGUUAA